AUGACUAAAGAAGAUGCUAUCAAGUUUGCCACUUUGCAUCUAGAUGGAGCCGCCAAUGAAUGGUGGUAUCACGGUCUGGUCACUCUUGGCCAUAACCUCAUUGCCACCUAUAAUGAGUUUACCAAUAAACUCAUUAAAAGAUUUGACACUAAGGAUCCUGAGGUGAGGUUUCGUGAACUUGCACAAUUAAAACAACAAGAUUCACUUGAUGCCUACAUAUCUGAUUUUCAGAAACUUGCUGUGAUGGCGCCUAACAUCACUGAAAAGAGGCUUGUAGUCCUAUUUUUUGAAGGACUAGAAGAACCAUUGAAAGGUUGGGUGAAGGCAUUUGAUCCACCAACUUUGAAUGAAGCAAUCAGAAAAUCCAGAAAACAACAGACUGAUAUAGGGGAAAGUGAGUAUGAAGAGGUUCUAGAAGAGGCAGAAGAAAACCAAGAAGGUGGGGGUGCAGUUGCCCAACUUUCUAGUCUCCAUAAGAAUGAAUCAUUUAGAGUGCGUGGAGUGCUUAGAGAGCACCGAGUCAUUACUCUUAUUGACACUGGAACAACUCAUAACUUCAUAGACGAGAGAAUUGUUGCAAAGAGAGGCCUUACAACCGAUGAAGUUGAAGACUUCAAAGUAAUGGUAGAUGAUGGUUCUACUAUCUCUUGCAACUUGAUGGUCUCCAAAAUGUCUAUGCGGUUGGGAAAUUAUGAAGUCAAGGAUGACUUCUAUGUUGUUAGCAUUGGAGGCAUUGAUGAUGCAAUAUUCGGCAUAAAAUGGCUGCGAUCUCUUGGAGAGAUCACUCUAAACCUACAAACUAUGGAGUUGAAAUUUACAUCAGAGGGGAGGAAAGUAGUGUUGAGAGGGAUGUCAAAUGGAGGCCCUCGUAUUGUGUCUUUGAAGAGGAUGAAGAAGCUAGUUCGUCAUGGUCAAGUUGAAUGA